UGGAACGCGACACGCUAAGAACCUUUUGAAUGACAGCUUGAUUUGGUUUGGUUUCCGCUACUGUGCUAUUGUACUAUUUUUCGGUUUAUAAUACGAAAAUCUUGAGAAAAUGUCUAUAUCUACAGCUACAGAUGAACGCACAGAAGGCGACGACGACACAUCACAAGGAAGCCAACCAAAAGAUGACAGCAGUGAUUCUGAGAAUGAUAAUGAAAAUGGCAAUGAACCACAAAGCCAAAACGGUGGCACGCCUAGCCCCGAGGUGCACGAGAUCACCAGUGAUGAAGAGGAGGAGGGGGGCGACGGGGUCUCCAAUGAUGAUGACUCCUCAAGCUCAAGUUCAGACAGCAAUGAGAGUUCUGAAGAAUCACAACAUAGCAAUAAGCAAAUGGAUCAGGGCAAAAAAGGUGAAGAACGAAUGGAAAAUGGGGAGGAAGAAUCAGAUAUUGAAGAGGUUUCUGUGGAGGAUCCACUGAACCAAUCACAGAAAAGUAAACCCAUUGUUGUCAGUGAUACCAGGAGUUUAGCAGAAUUGGCAAAUAAACAAUCAAAUGCAAACGGUGAUCAGAAAGAACCUACUGUGGUUAUUAUAGAUACUAAUUCUAUAUUAUCUGGCAAGAGUCAGUCCUCUUUAUCAAGUAAACCUGCUCCAAGUGCUUUAGAUGCUCUCAAUUUGUGUCAGAGCAUUGCUGCCCGGGGCACGACAAUAACCCCAGUGAGUUGUAAAUCCAGUGUUGCAAGCCAAGGAACUCAGAGUAACAGUGCACCAGCUCCACAACCUAACAUACUGCCAUCACUCACAGAUGAUAUGUUUGUGGUGGAAGCGCCUUCAUUUAUUGUACCUUAUGUUUAUGAGAAACCAUCUGUCAAGCCUUUUAGAGAGUUUGUUGAUAAAUUGGGUAAAGAACUUGAAGAAAUAAAACUUAAGGAAGACCAAGAAAGGCAGGAAAAAGAAAAAGCUGAAAAAGAAAGGAAGGAGAAAGAACGGCAAGAGAGGAUCGCAAGGGGGGAGGAAGUAGAAGAACCAGAACCAGAUCCAAAAGAUGACGAAGUUGCUAAAGAAAAGAAAACAGAAAAAAGGAAAAGAAAACAAAGGACGGAGGAGGAUGAUGACUCAUGGGAUGGCGAGUCAAACUCUGAGUCGGAUGAUGAGGCAAUGAGUGAUGAUGACACAGUUGUUAUUAAAGACAAGGAUGACUCCAUUGAAGAAAUCAGAGACCCUAUGGGAUUAUUUCCUAAAAAUAUCUCCGGAAAAUCUGAUAGCUAUUUUGACUGUUCUUUGGGACAAUUUUUUAUCAAUAUUGGUUUGAAUUUGGUACAAGAGUUUGUACAAAGUGAUCUUUUAAAACAACAAAAUCGUAAAUUAUAUAAAGAAAAGAAAUCUGGACGCAGCACAAAGGCCACAGAAGGGGCUAUUGUGUCACUCACUCAAAACUUGGAGUUUAGUAAGAGAACAAAUGCUCCUUAUGCUCUCAAGAUGAAGAGAUGUGAGAUUUGUAGUUUUAAGACAGAGUCUAUGUUAGUGAUGGCUCACCAUUUAGAAGCACCUCACAUGCGUAACAAUAUUUAUAAAUGUAACACUUGUGCAUUUGAAAUUAGGAGUCCUCAUGAUAUUCUGUUUCACAUGGAGGCAGAACAUAACAUCCGAGGCCGGCUGGAGAGAGCACCUGCCUACCAACAGUGUGCUAAUUGUCAUUUUGAAGACAACAGCAAAACAAAACUGGCGCGACAUCUUAUCUCUUGUGCUAAGAAAUUCAAGCCUGAAUUCAAUCUGGGUCCUCCACUGGAAUGGGAGCCACCUGCGAAGAUACCAAAGCUAGCGCGCGCUCGUAACAACAUGGUGGGUCCAUAUCAGUCCAACUUUAGCCGAUCUCAAGUAGGUAUAAACAACAUUGGCAGGCCUCCUCUAAAUAUGGGCAACAUGAUCCCCGGCAUGCCGGUGCUGGGCCGGCCACGCGGCCGCCCGCCCAUGUCCACGCCGCGCCCAUCUGCCGUCUCUGGCGUGCCCAUCAUACGAAGUGGGCUCAUGAUUAUGCACAAUAAUCCUCCACCUGGUACCACCAUUUCUAAUUAUCCUAUGAUUCAAAACAGUCAAGGCAAUAAUGCAAAUGCAACGCCUAAGAUAUCUAUUACUCCCCUCCCCCGCGCACCGCAACCCUCGUCAUCACAAUUGCCACAGAACUCGAAAGCGGCAUUCGUCAUUUGUGAAAUAUGCGACGGGUACAUCAAAGAUUUGGAGCAGUUGAGAAAUCACAUGCAAUGGAUACACAAAGUGAAAAUCCAUCCUAAAAUGAUUUACAACAGACCUCCUCUGAACUGUCAGAAGUGCCAGUUUAGGUUUUUCACUGACCAGGGUUUGGAGCGCCACUUGCUGGGCUCGCACGGCCUGGUGACGAGUUCCAUGCAAGAAGCGGCCAACAAAGGCAAGGACGCCGGCCGCUGCCCCGUGUGCGGGCGCGUGUACCAGUGGAAGCUGCUUAACCACGUAUCGCGCGAUCACAAUAUGACACUGAAGCCCGCACACUUGUCGUAUAAGUGCACCGUGUGCACGGCCACCUUCGGUAUGUACAAACAAUUUGAAAAUCACGUAUACUCAGCGCACAGCGUGGUUGCGAAGCGCGUCAUGGACAAAACUAAAACGAGUACACCUUCCAAAGCAAUGGAUAGCGAUUCACUCUUGAAGCCUUUGAAGAUCAGCGACGAAAUCACGAUCAUCCCGCAACCCGCCAAGUCCACCGUCACCAUCACCGCGAAGGGCAAAUAGCAGUGAUGAAGAGGGCGCGAACACGGCGGCCCGGCCGAUUCGGACCAGCUAGAAUGCAUCUCCGACACCUCAACCAGUAUUCUGUACAUAGAAUAAAUCAUAACAAUAUUUAAAUAUUCAUGUUGAAGCCGAGAUAUACCUAGUAACAAUGUAGCUAAUUGAGUAAAUGUGAAUGUUAUUUUUAAUAAAAACAAAUUACAGUAUAGCUAAGUUGUAAAUUCAAUGUAUAAAUUGCAUAAAUAUCCAAGCAAAAUGUGAGUUCGCAUCGUAGAUCCUUUCCCACUGUAUAUCGCAACUUGCGAAUUGUUUGUUUGAAUGUGUCACAAAGACUAUAGAUCUGUAUCCUCAAUGUAUCACUUGGUGUGGUGUCUUUAAACUCGUGUGAGAGUCGCGCAAGUUGCACUUUGUUCUCAUGUAGUCUUAUUUAUUGCGGAAUUACUCUUCGUACCUAUUUAUAGUCUGAUCUUUUCUAAUUAUGUAUCACGCCUAUGUUAAUUUAAAUGAUCAACAGCUGUGUUUCGAAUUAUUGUAAAAAUAAUUAUAAUUUAGGUAGAUACUUUCCAUUAUGAAUGUAUAAUAAAUUAAUUAUGAUUAGAUUGUCUUAAAUAAAUUAAGGAAUUAAGUUAUAACUUAGAUUAUAUUCUUGACUAAGUGGAUUAUUUGAACUGGAUAUUGCCCUCCCAACCAUAGCAGAGCCGCCGGCGCCAGUCCGCGCCGCGCAGGAUUCAAAGGUCUUAUUUAUUUCUGAUCUCAGGUCAACAGACUAGAAUGUUGAUUUGGUAAAGGUUUACUAAAUUGUUAAUGUACUUAUAGAACUGAAAAUGAUGUAUUUUUUUUAUUUAAUAAAAAAGACCAUUGUAACUAA